AUGGCUAACUGCAAGGAAUUGGUGGUGUUAGAUAUUGGGAACAACCAGUUGAAUGGUACCUUCCCAUAUUGGUUGGAGAAUCUCUCUGAAUUGCGUGUUCUUGUCAUGAGAUCCAACAACUUUGCGAUGAUGCUUCCUGAGAAUAAUUCCGAAUUAAAUUACCUCCAUAAGUCUUCCGGCUACUACUAUCAAGACACGGUGGCUAUUGUGUACAAGGGACUAUUCUUGGAAAUGCAGGGAAUUUUAAGCACCCUCAUCACCAUAGAUCUAUCCAACAACAACUUCAAGGGAAAGAUUUCAGAUGCGUUGGGCAAUUUAAAAGCACUUAAGGUACUCAACUUGUCAGGAAAUAGCCUCACCGGUCAAAUUCCAUUUUCAUUGGGGAAUCUAGGCAAACUCGAGUCGCUAGAUCUUUCAAGAAACAAACUUUCAGGAGAAAUCCCAAGGCAACUGAUAAGUUUGACCUUCCUUUCAGUCUCGAAUGUAUCAUAUAAUAACCUCAUACGAAGUAUACCGCAAGGGAGCCAAUUUGACACGUUUUCAAAUGCUUCCUACGAGGGAAAUGCAGGAUUAUGUGGGUUGCCUUUGUCAAGGAAGUGUGGAGUACCAGAUAGAGCAUUACCUCCUACAUCAAUGUUCCAGCAAAAUGAAGAUUCAACACAUCUAUUUGAUUGGAAAUUUGCCGUAGCUGGAUAUUGCUCUGAUUUAAUAGUUGGGUUGAUCAUCAGACAACAAUUGUUUUGGAGAGGUAAUCGAUACUCUGUAUGUGGUUUGAGAAUCAAAGAACCCAAGCGAAGGAAAGGAUUAAAGAGGAAACACCACAACAGAGGGAAAUGA